UGAGGGAGCGUGCGUGAUGUGGCCGACUGUGUGCGGUGUUGCCUGCUCGCUAAAUUAGCUGGCUGCAGCCUUUCAGGGACAUCUCUAACGGAGCACCGGAGCCUUUAGUGCAAUAAAUAUGGCUGCAGAGCUCUCCACGUCCAUAAACAUCAAGGAACCCCGUUGGGACCAGAGCACAUUUGUGGGCCGCGCCAAGCAUUUCUUCACUGUCACUGACCCGCGGAACGUCCUCCUCACCAACGAGCAGCUAGAACGCGCGCACAAAAUUAUCACAGACUACAGAAAAGGUACAGUCUCUCCUGGGCUGACGGAAGAUGAACUAUGGCGAGCCAAAUAUGUCUUUGACUCCGCUUUCCAUCCGGAUACCGGAGAGAAGAUGAUCCUGAUAGGCCGUAUGUCAGCGCAGGUUCCGAUGAAUAUGACCAUCACUGGAUGCAUGAUGACAUUUUACAAGACCACUCCAGCUGUGUUGUUCUGGCAGUGGAUCAAUCAGUCCUUCAACGCAAUCGUGAACUACACCAACAGGAGCGGUGACGCCCCCAUUACGGUCAGUCAGCUCGGCACAGCGUACGUAUCUGCCACUACAGGGGCAGUAGCCACCGCUCUAGGACUAAACGCACUAACAAAGCACGUCUCUCCUCUGAUCGGACGCUUUGUUCCGUUCGCUGCUGUAGCCGCGGCAAACUGCAUCAACAUACCUCUGAUGAGGCAAAGAGAACUGAAACACGGCAUUCCCAUAACAGAUGAGAAUGACAACAGGAUAGGAGAGUCGACCAAAGCGGCACAGCAGGCCAUCUCUCAGGUUGUGGUCUCAAGGAUCCUCAUGGCCUCACCAGGAAUGGCCAUCCCACCCUUUUUAAUGAACCAUUUGGAAAAGAAGGCCUUUCUGAGGAGGUUCCCAUGGAUGAGUGCCCCAAUUCAAGUUAGCCUGGUGGGAUUCUGUUUGGUGUUCGCCACUCCAUUGUGCUGCGCACUGUUUCCACAGAAAAGCUCUAUAUCGGUUAGCCGCUUGGAGCCCGAGCUGCAAGAAAAGAUCCGGGCCAGCCACCCGGGCUUGGAGAGAGUCUACUUCAACAAAGGGCUAUGAGAGCAAAGCCCACCACAGCGUCCAAACGCCACCAUGACCAGGUCGUAGGCCCUCCUCAUUCAGUGUGCCAAAGUUAAGUUUACAUCUUCUCAUUUCACAAGGACAGGAUCAACAACAGUUGGGAAUUUUCUUUUCAACACAUUUGUGUCUGUGCAGUAUUUUUAGAAUGAUUUUUCACUUAAUUCGUCAAAGAGUUCUGAUGUUUUGCCAAAUCCAAUGUUUUAAAACCUUGCUGUCCCACAAUCACUUUAAUUUUGCCAAAUGAGUGACCAUCGAAAAGGCUUUUAUAUCAAUGAGAACCCAUGCUUUUCAGACGGCUGCAACCAUUAACUGACCCACGCGGUGCUAUUUGAAUACGCUUAAAAUCGGUUUUUCUCAAUGCAUUUCUUCUGUUUGACAAACAAGAGCCAGCAACCACUUUUCAUGUGAGUCAGUAGCACUAGCAUACUUUUCAUCUUACUAUAUUUUCUCAUAUUGUGGCUCGGAGAAUUCAUUUAACUAACCACAGCAAGCACCUUGCAUCAUUUUGGGCACCUUUCAUUUAAUUAUGCCUUUUUAAAAUGACAGAAUUAUUUAGAAUGUGAAUUAGUUAAUAUUACUGAAAUUGAAUGGUUGCAGUCAUGUAGGCUAUAGCACCAUUUACCAUUUACUCCCUUUAGCCUCAUUAGCCUCUAAACGCCAUUUGUCAACAGUGAACUCAAAAAAUAAUUGAUAAACUCUUUGACUUAGUGAUUGACAGUGUUCCCAUUUCAAAUGGAUUGUCUAUCACUGAGUUAAAGUUCUGAACACUGGCUAAGUAGCAUAUGCUAAUCCCCAUUCAACAAGCUAGCAAGAACAUGUUCUUAAAUGGUCACUUAAACAUUCAUCGUGUCUUCUACACAUUUAUUUGAAGUUUUAAGCUGCCAGUGAGGGUUAAUUUAUUGGGUACUUUACAGAAAGUGGUGACUUUUAACCAGUUUUUUAAUGAUACUGUAUGAUCGACUUAUAAUAUCAAGUCCUUUAUGAACCCACCUAACCAGAUACAAGGGUUCCUCAGUUUACAACAUCUCGUGGCACAAUAGCGACCUCAUUUACAGCCAUGUUUAUUUUAUUUGACUGUUUUAUACAUAGAAGUCUUUUCCUACAAAUAUUUACAGUAUUUCUGAGUCUAAUACUAAAUUUGUGUAGGUUGGGUCCGUCGGAGGAAAGAACUCUAGGACCCACGCACUUAAAAUGUUUUUGGGAUAUUGCACGUUACAUAGAGCAUAUCAUGAAAUGUUAGGAACCUUGUAUCAGUGUUAAAUAAACUGACUGAAAUACAGUGAAUAGUACUGGAAACAAGCUGGCGAUAUCAGGCUUACCUGGACUGUGGUGGUCACGUUCAGUCAUCCAGAUCCUUAAAUCUGGGGUGGCCAAAAUGAAACACAGGCACAAAACCCACAAAACAUUGUUUUCUGUGUUGAAAUCAAAUGUUAGUUGUAAUGAUUUAAUCCAAUGAAUGCAAAUGUUUACAUCAAAUGUUUAAACGUUCCAUCGCGCAUCAAUGUGUGAUCACUGUAAAGAUGUUUAAUAGUCUUGAAAUCUACUAUCGUUAUUGUAUGAGUAAGCUGAUUUGAAUAGUGUUCCCAGAAGUGUUCCCAGCUGGUACGAAGUGACUAUGUUCUUGUCGUCUUCAAGGUGAACUGAAUGUAAUGUUUUCCCUGCUACAGACAAGUCUUAGGCCACACAAGCACAAUGUUGGAAUACUGACAUAUGCUGCUCUGUUUUUUUUUUUUUUUUUUUUCUUCCCAUUUUUGUAAACACUUCAACCACAGUGUUGUUUCUUUCCUCUUGGACCAGUUGAGAAGUUAGCACAAAAUUGUUAUUUUGAUUUUUACUUGACAUUUCAUGUAUUGAUUUUCUUAAAAUAGUUGUAACUAAUAAGAGCUAAUCCCUCUUUAAUGCUGUACAUUUCAAACCUCUACAUAAAAUGGCAAUUGAAAAUACAGCCCAAGUGAUCAUGUAAGGGAAGAAGUCUGAUGUAUUUCUUAAAAUUAAAUGGUGUUUGGUUGUCCAGUUCGGUGACUCAAUGUGAUCUUUAUGUGGAAUGAUGAACAGAUAUUUUCAAUUUUCUUUUUAUUCCAAGGCACAAGAGAACAGGGGUGGGGAGUAAUCCCAGCUCAGUUUUUCAUAUCCGUACUGAUUUGACAAAAAUAUACAUUGAUUUGUUUAUUUAGUAUAAAUUCAGAGCAUCUGUAGGUCAUUUCGGGGGCAUAAUUACAACAAGGCAGCUUGGAUUAAAUAAUGAAUUUAUGUGCCCCACCCCUAUUUUAGAACAACAUUGAGCAAUGCUUCAUUUAACCGUUCAUGUACAUACGUGAUGCUUG